AUGGCUACCACCGCUCGUCCACAGAACUCGGUUCUGAAAAGAACCAUGACCUCGACCACAGCCGAUUCCGCACCCUCAACCGCACGCGGAUCUCCAAAUGACACCCCACGCCAUUCGCCUUCAUCAUCCUCCCUCUCAUCCAUGUCCUCAAUCGAAGAUGUGAUGGACAAGGGUCAUGGAAAGCUUAUCGAUACCUUUGGCAACGAAUUCCACCUCCCAGACUACACCGUAAAUGAUAUCCGAAACGCCAUUCCAAAGCACUGCUACGAGAGAUCUGGACUACGAGGACUGUCAUACGUCGCUCGUGAUAUCCUCAGUCUGGGCACCACUUUCGCCAUCUGCAACAAGUUCAUAACUCCAGAAUAUAUCCCAUCCACCCCAGUUCGUGCUGGUCUUUGGGCUCUAUACACCAUCUUGCAAGGUUUCUUUGCUACUGGACUCUGGGUUCUCGCUCACGAAUGUGGUCACCAAUCUUUCUCUCCAUCCAAGGUCCUGAACGACACAACAGGUUGGAUUUGCCACUCUGCUCUUCUUGUUCCUUACUUUUCUUGGAAGAUUUCCCACGGAAAGCACCACAAGGCGACUGGAAACAUGGAGCGUGACAUGGUUUUCGUCCCAAAGACUCGCGAACACUACGCAAGCCGUAUUGGAAAGCUCGUUCACGAGAUUGAUGAGUUGACCGAGGAAACCCCAAUUGCUACUGUCCUCCACUCUUUGGGCCAACAACUUCUCGGUUGGCCAAUGUACCUCCUUGCCAACGUCACUGGGCACAACAACCACGAAAAGCAACACGAGGGCCGUGGAAAAGGAAAAGUUAAUGGCUACACUACUGGAGUCAACCAUUUCAACCCAGCCAGUCCUCUUUAUGAGGCUAAGGAUGCCAAGCUCAUUUUGUUGAGUGAUCUCGGUAUUGCCAUCACUGCAUUUGUUCUCUACAAACUUUGCCAAAGCUUUGGAUUCCAAAACAUGCUUGUGUGGUACUUUAUCCCUUAUCUCUGGGUAAACCACUGGCUCGUUGCAAUCACCUAUCUCCAACACACUGACGGCUCCCUCCCCCAUUACUCCGGCUCCUCAUGGAACUACGUCCGUGGUGCCGCUGCAACCAUCGAUCGUGAAUUUGGUUUCAUUGGCCGAACCCUCCUCCACGGUAUCAUCGAGACUCAUGUCCUCCACCACUACGUCAGCACCAUCCCAUUCUACCACGCCGACGAAGCAACCGAGGCCAUCAAGCCAGUCAUGGGCAUUCAUUACCGAUCCAACGUCGAAGGUGGUUCCCUUGGUUUCUUAAAGAGCAUGUGGACCAGCGCUAGAUGGUGUCAAUGGGUUGAGCCAUCUGAGGGUGCUGUUGGUGAGGGAAAGAAUGUCUAUUUCUUCCGCAACAGAAACGGACUUGGUACCAAGCCUCUGAAGAUCAAGGCCUAG